AUGACAGGUACACCUGUCAAGAAACCGGAAAAGAUCGUACCUCCCACACCACCAUUACGGAUCAGAGAUCACGGUAAAGGGGCUUCAUAUGAUAGGGUAGGAUUCUUGGGAGAGGGUGGCUUCGCAAGAGUUUAUGAGGUUCAAGAUUCACGUUCGGCUAGAAAAGCAAUUAAAGUAAUUAAUAGAGCUUCUAUCAAGACGAAAAAGAACAAAACAAAGUUAUGGGCGGAGAUCAAGUUACAUCAAAUGCUAGUUCAUCCUCAUAUAGUAAGAUUUGAAGAUUGUUUUGAAGAUAAUGAGAACGUUUAUAUGAUUUUGGAAUUAUGUGAAAAUGGAAGUAUGAUGGAUCUCCUUCGACGUCGAAAACGAUAUACCGAACCUGAAGCGAGAUAUUACCUAGUUCAACUGAUUGCAGCAUGUCAAUAUAUGCAUCGAAUGAAUGUCAUCCAUCGUGAUUUGAAGUUAGGAAAUCUGUUCUUGGACGCAGAUAUGAACGUAAAAGUGGGAGAUUUUGGUCUGGCAGCUUUGAUAGAAAAUCCUGGUGAUAGGAAAAAAACCAUCUGUGGUACACCGAAUUACAUCGCCCCGGAAGUAUUAUUCGAUCAAGAUAAUGGGCAUAGUUUCGAGGUCGAUGUUUGGUCGAUAGGAGUAAUCAUGUAUACCCUGCUGAUAGGAAAGCCGCCUUUCCAAACGAAAGAUGUGAAGACUAUCUAUAAGAGAAUUAGAGAGAAUAGGUAUGAGUUCCCAGCUGAUAAGCAAAUAUCAAAUUCCGCUCAAGAUCUCAUCUCUUCUAUUUUGAACCCAAAACCAGACGAGAGACCACCACUUGAAACCAUUCUAUCGCAUCGAUGGUUCCUGGACGGACCUUUCCCAGCUUACAUUCCAGCUUCAGCAAAUGAUUUUGCUCCAGAUUACCGAAAUAUAUCUGUCACUCAAUCCAGACGUAACUUCCAAACGUUAUGUCAAAAGGCCAAAAUCGGCAUCAUCCCUUCUCUUGCUCCGGAAGUCAUCUCGAGACCUCGUGCUCCUCUUGGUCCCAGUAUAUUGCAACAAGAGAGAGAUUUCAAGAAUGCUGUUCAACCCGACAGCCCUAUUUCUGCUUUACUCACUUCUGCUCGACAACCCCUUGUGCAAGCCUCAGCACCUAUCAAAGAACCUUCUUUACUGCGAAAACUUUCUGCUGCGGGUGCGGCAUCCACCUUGAGUCCUGCACGACGUUCUGCUCUUGGAAAGGAAAAUGGAGUUGCUGGACCUUCAUCAGCGAGAAGGCAUACAGCUGCUAUGGAGAGAGUCGGUGAAGAGGAAGAAGAGGAAGAGGUAAUGGAAGACAAAGCAGGACAACACCGAGGUUAUGAUGAUGCAGUCAGGGAGAGAGGUCUGGCAAAUCAAAAGGCAAGAAUCGUAUCUCAAAUGGCAGGAGAAAGAGAGAAACUAUCGACUCAACAACAUCACGAGCAUCAUAUUCACCAAAGGCAAUCUUCUGCUUCACCUCGAAAAGCUGCCCCGCUGGGGGCAGCAACAACACUUCCUCGACCUCCUGUACCUUUAGCUGCAUCGACAAAAGACGGCGGAUAUGGAAAAACAAAAGAUUUCCGAUCCAGCCUGUUCGAUAUCGUUGGCCAAAACCUUGCAGAGGGACUUACGAUGUCUCAAACAGAGGAAGGAUAUCGCACACCUCAUAUUGGCAACGAUCCCAAACCACCCAGUGUCUUUGUCGUAUCAUGGUUAGAUUACUGUACCAAGUACGGAAUGGGUUUCGCCAUGACAGAUGGUACCGUCAGUGUGCACUUCAAUGACUCAACGUCGCUUGUUUUGGCGCCAGGAAAACAACACUUCGAUGACAUUCGCCCAACCGCUUCUGACGACCUAUCGCAAAAUACCCGACGGUCCCACGGUAUUGAGACCUAUCCUGUUGAUCUCAAGAACAAGGUCUACUUAUUAAAACAUUUCGAAAGUUACAUGCUUGAUAAGUUAUUUGGCGAACAGCCUUACACGUACGAUGACAGGCAUUUGAAGACAGGCAUGGUCUUCAUCGUGAAGUACUUGAGAAUGAAACACGUCAUAUUGUUCAGGCUAAGCAAUGAUGUCCUCCAAUUCAAUUUCUACGAUCAUACCAAAUUGAUACUAUCACAAGAUGGCUUGGUAGUCUCAGUGAUAGAUAGACAUUCAGUCUUGAGAACAUGGAGCUUGGAGAGUCUCUUGCGUCCGGUCGAUGAGGAUAUGUCCGCCAAGGAUAAGAAAAGAUUGGAAGGAGUAGUACAUAAAGUCCAGUAUGCACGGGACGUACUAGCUAAGAUAAAGUCUCAUGGUACCGGUAAAACUUCUUCGAAACCAACUUCGAAUGGUAUACCCGUUUCUGCAAACACAAGGGGUGCUCUUGAAAGAGAAAGGGAAAUUAUGAGACCUAUUAGAUAA